AACUAUUCUUAGCCCUGGAAUGUAUACACUGUCUCCCUGCCCAGCCGUUCUUUCACGAAGCUCUAGAAAACUGUGAAAGCGCCUUUAGCAUAAACAAAUCCAGAACUCCCCCAGGACAAAGCCUUUGCCAGCUCAAGGGAAGGCCUGGGUUUAUGGUUUCACUUGGAGCCAGAGGUGGAAACUCCGGAGGGCCCAGCGGACCAGGCAUCGGUGGAUAGCCCUGCAUUUACAAGAUUAUAUGAGGGUGUUAUUUGCCUGCGACCUUUCUGACUAACCAGAACCAAAAAGAGCUGUCAGCUGUGAGGCCUGGAGGGUGGGUGGCCUUCCUUCCCAGCCUUCGCCGAGCCACGUCCUUGGUGCCACCCACACGCACCUCGGGGAGGGGACAGAAAUGCUCUACGUCUAGGAGCCUCCGCAGCCAAACCCUCCAGCACAUGCCUCCUCGUGGGACUUCUCCCGCUCUUUGCAGGAUGGACGAGGCGUCCCCAGAUGGGCUGCUCUUCAGAGACCACGACUUCUCCUCGGACUUGUUGAGGCAGCUCAACGGCUUGAGACAAAACGGAAUCCUGACGGACGUGACCCUCUGUGUCGAGGCCUGGGAGGUCCCCUGCCACCGGAACGUGCUGGCCUCCAGCAGCCCCUACUUCAAGGCCAUGUUCUGCAGCAGCUUCCGGGAGAGCGCAGAGGCCAAAGUCCAGCUGAGGGGCAUCGGGUGCACGACGCUGGACCAGCUGGUCCUGUACGUGUACACCGGGGAGGUGCGCAUCGCCGUGGACAACGUCCUGCCCCUGAUGGAGGCCGCCUCCAUGCUGCAGUACCCCAAGCUGUUCGAGGCCUGCUCCUCCUACCUGCAGAGCCAGCUGAGCCCCAGCAACUGCCUGGGCAUGAUCAGACUCUCAGACAUCUUGAGCUGCGAGACCCUCAAGAGGACGGCCAGGGAGGUGGCCCUGACACGUUUUCCGGAGGUGGCUGUGUCGGCCGACCUGAAGGAGCUGGGCGCCUUGGAGUUGCAGGACUACCUGGGGGACGACGGACUCUGCGGGGAGGAGGAGAAGGUGUUCGAGGCCUUCAUGGUUUGGGUCCGGCACGACCUCCAGGCCCGGAGGCGGCACGUGCAGGAGCUGUUCAAGCUCGUCAGGCUCCCAUACGUCCACCCGGCCUUCUUCCACCACUUCAUCGCCAAUGAUGCGCUCCUGCAGUCCUCGCCCUCCUGCCAGGUCAUCCUGGAGACGGCCAGGAGGCACAUGUUUUCUUUGUAUGGCGCCCCCGGUGUCCCAGACCUCCAGCCUCCAUGGCACGUCCCCCCAAGAAACUCUUACCAGGACUUCCUCAUCCUCUUGGGCGGAAGGAAGGACAACCAGCAGACCACCAGGGACGUCCUGCUCUACAACCGACAGACCGGCCAGUGGCAGAGCCUCGCCAAGCUCCCUGCUCGGCUCUACAAGGCCUCGGCCGUCGCCCUGCACCGCAGCGUCUACGUGCUGGGAGGCAUGGCCAUCGGCGCAGAGACGAGUGUCCCCAGUCACCACGUCUAUGUCUUCUCCCUGAAGCUCAAUCAGUGGAGGCUGGGGCAGCCCAUGCUGGCGGCCCGCUACUCCCACAGGAGCACUGCCCAUAAGAACUUCAUCUUCUCCAUCGGGGGGAUUGGAGCCAGGCAGGAGGUCAUGAGCUCCAUGGAGAGAUACGACAGCAUCUGCAACGUCUGGGAGAGUAUGGCCAGCAUGCCGGUGGGGGUCCUGCACCCUGCGGUCGCCGUGAAAGACCAAAGACUCUACCUCUUCGGGGGAGAGGACAUCAUGCAGAACCCUGUGCGCCUCAUCCAGGUUUAUCACGUUGCCAGAAACACGUGGUUCAAAAUGGAGACGAGAAUGAUCAAGAACGUGUGCGCCCCCGCCGUGGUGCUUGGGGAGCGGAUCGUCAUCGUGGGAGGUUACACAAGGAGGAUUCUAGCUUAUGACCCUCAGUCCAACAAGUUCGUCAAGUGUGCCGACAUGAAAGACCGCAGGAUGCACCACGGGGCCGCGGUGAUGGGGAAGAAGCUCUACGUGACGGGCGGGCGGCGGCUGACCACGGACUGCAGCAUCGAGGACUCGGCCUCCUUCGACUGCUACGACCCCGAGACAGACACCUGGACGUCCCAGGGACAGCUGCCUCACAAGCUCUUUGACCACGCCUGCCUCGCCCUCCAGUGCAUUCCCUACACUUCCACCUUACGAUGAGGUCCACGAGAAACCCAGACGUCAUGUGUCUUAGUUGAGAUGCUCUUGUUACAAGAGACAGAGCCCAACUUCAAACAGCUUAACCCUAAAAGGGUGCAGGGAGACCUCACAGGACGGAAAGUUCCAGAGUCUGGGGGCCUGGAACCAGGCAUAUUGUUGCCAAAACUCUCAUACUUUGUCUCUCUCUCUCUGGCUUUAUUCUACAAACAAGCAUCUUUAUCCACACAAUGUCCGUGAGGACAAUGACAACUGAUACAUCCAGACUCACAUUUUCCAGCUUUGCAUCCUCAGGUGAAGCUUUAUCAUUACCGCAUAAUAACCCUAAAAAAAACUACCAGUGCUGAUUGGCCCUUUUUGAACCCAUGCCUACGUCUUGAGCUAAUCACCGUUCCCAGGGAUCAGGCUACCACCACUGGCUCGUCCUGGACGGAGUCCCUACACGCAGUGGUGGGGUUAAUGAUUCUCGCUGACACCCUGCCACAAGUGCGCACCACGGCACAGCAGUGGCUCCUCAAAGGAAGCCACGCUGGCCUGACAGAAACCACAGCUGCCCAGAAUGCCCCGGAGACCGGGAACCAGAAGGCCAAGAGACCCAGGAGUCUCUGGGAGCACCUGGUCCAGGCGGCAGCAUGAGCAGUUGGCCAUGACUGCGUUUCCCUGAUCCCAGGGAUGCAGCGCGUUGGAAUUCCAGAAAGUACGAGCAACUCACGAUCUAGCAUUUGCAGCAUUGUCUGUGCUGCCAGAAUAAAGUUUGCUUCUGCUGCCAAGUGA